AUGGCGGAGCCCGAGUCCGCGCCCGCCGGCCUCGCAGACGCCGUGCUGCUGGCGCCUCUCACUGAGGACUCUUUCUUGCACAAUUUACAUGUGCGCUACAAACGAGACAUCAUUUAUACGUACGUUGGCAACGCGCUCGUGUCGGUGAACCCGUGCCGGCCUCUGCCGCUGUAUUCGGCUGAGCUCGUCCGAACUUACCUGGCGCGCCCACCCUACUUACUACCGCCUCACCUGUACGCCAUAACGGCCACCGCUUAUCGCUGGGUUCGCGACAGAAACGAAAACCAAUGCAUCGUGAUAACAGGCGAGAGCGGCGCGGGCAAGACGGAGGCGGCGCGCGUGUGCCUGCAGUGCGCCGUGGUGGCGGGGGGCGGCGGCGGGGGCGCGCUGGCGGCGGCCGGCACGCUGCUCGAAGCCUUCGGGAACGCGGCCACCGCGCGCAACCACAACGCCAGCAGAUUCGGCAAACUCCUCGAUAUAGAGUUCGACUUCAAAGGUGAACCCGUCGGCGGCCACAUAACUCACUACCUCUUGGAGAAGGAGCGCGUGUGCCGUACGGCGGAGGGCGAGCGAAACUUCCAUGUGCUGUACCAGCUGCUGGCUGGCGCAGACGCGCAUCUUCUCAAGCGCCUGAGGCUGCAGCGCUCGUGGGAGCAGUACCGCGUGCUGCGCGGCGCGGCGCCGGGCGCCAGCGCGUCGCCGCGCCGCGCGCCGCCGCCGCCGGGCCCGCGCGCGCCGCACGCCGACCGGGACCACUUCGCCUUCACCAAGGCCGCGAUGGGAGCACUGGGUUUUAGUGCGGGACAGUGUGGUGCCGUGCUACGUCUGCUCGCCUUUCUACUGAAGCUUGGUAACGUGCAGUUCGAGCCGCAGCACAACAUCGAUGGCUCCAUCGGCACUCGCCUGCAGCACGAAUACGAGUUACGCGAGGCGUGUGCGCUGGUGGGCGUGGAGGCCGACGCGCUGGUGCUGGCGUUGGGCGCCGCGCCGCCUCUCGCGCCGCACGACGACGGCGCGCCACUCGAGGAGGCGUGUUCAGUGGAGGAGGAGUGCAGCUCGGAGGCGGGGUCGGAGGCCGAGGGCGCCGGCGCGGAGUGGGCGCGUGCGCUGCGCGACCGCCUGCUGUGCGCGCUGUACUCGCGGCUCUUCACGUGGCUCGUGAACGCCGUCAACGACGCCGUCAAGCCCGCGGCGGUGGGCGCGCGGCGCUCGCUGGGCAUCCUGGACGUGUACGGGCUGGAGGCGCUGGCGCACAACGGGCUGGAGCGGCUGCUGAUCAACUACGCGGCCGAGCGCGUGCAGGCCGCCGUCACCGCGGGCUCGCUGCGGCGCGAGCAGGAGGAGUACGCGCGCGAGGGCCUGGCCUGGGCGCCGCUGCCCUUCGCCGACCACGAGCUGUACGCGGACCUGCUGGACGCGGGCCCCGAAAGCGUGCUGGGCGCACUGCGAGAGUGCUCGGCGCGCGGCGCCAGCGACUCCGUCUUCCUCCAGCGCCUGCAACGUCGCCGGCACCCGCGCCUCAUCGUGCUUCCACCAGACCGCUUUCAAGUGGUGCACUUCGGCGGCGCGGUGACGUACAGUGCGAAAGGCAUCGUGCAGAAGAACCGCGACGCGCUGUGCCGGCGCUGCUGCGGCGUGCUGGCGGCGGCGCGCGAGCCCCUGCUGGCCGCGCUGUUCGCCGCCGGCUCCCCGCGGCGGCCGUGCGCGCUGGCGUGCCGGCAGCGCGCGCUGGUGGGCGCGCUGGUGCGGCGCCUGCCGCCCGCGCCGCGCCUCGUGCGCUGCCUGCGCAACGACGCCGCGCUGCGCCCGCACCGUUUCGACGCCGCGCUGCUGCGCCACCAGUUGCGCACGCAGGGGAUCAUGGACAUGGCGCUGCUGCGGCGCGCCGGCUGGUGCGAGUCGCUGUGCGCGCGCGGCGUGCUGGCGCGCUACGGCGUGCUGCGGCCGCGCCCGCCCGCCCCCGCCGCCCCCGCGCCCCCCUCGCCCGCCGAGCGCGACGAGCCGGUGCGCUCGGCGCGGGCGCUGCUGCGCGCCCUGCCCAUCCCUAGCGCCGAGUUCGCCUACGGUCGGACCAAGGUCUUCAUUCGCAGUCCAAGAACGGUGUGGGAGCUGGAGGCGCUGCGCGCGGCGCGCGUGGAGCAGCUGGUGAGGGUCGCUCAGCGCGCCUGGCGACGCUACCGCGCGCGGCGCCGACACUGCGCUGCGCUGCGCAUCGCGCGCGCCUGGCGACGCUACCGGCGGCCCGCCGGUGGCGAGGCGGCGGGCGGGGCGGGCGGCGCGCGCGGCGCGGCGCUCGUGAUCUGGCGCGCGUGGUGCGCGCACGCGCGGCGCGCCUACCUGGCGGCGCUGUGGGCGCGGCUGCCGGCGCGCCACCGCUCGCCCGCGUGCGCCGCCUGGCCGCCGUGCCCGCAGCCGCGCCUGCUGGCGCGCACCGACGCGCUGCUGCGCCGCCUGCACCACCGCUGGCGCUGCGACCUCUACCGCCGCGCCUUCGACCAGACGGCGCGCAACCGCAUGCGCGAGAAGGUCACCGCGAGCGUGCUCUUCAAGGACCGCAAGUUAAACUACGCGCGCAGCGUCGGCCACCCGUUCGUCGGCGACUACGUGCGCUUACGUGCGUCGGCGGCCUGGCGCCGCGGCCUGGGCGCCGCCACCGCCGACCGCUACGUGGUGUUCGCGGACGUGGUGGGCAAGGUGGCGCGCUCCAGCGGCCGCGUGUCGCGCUGCCUGGCCGUGGUGUCCACGGGGGCGCUGCUGCUGCUCGAGGCGCGCUCGCUGCGGCUCAAGCGCCGCGUGCCCGCGCACUGCGUCUACCGCCUGUCGCUGUCGCCCUACGCCGACGACCUGCUCGUCGUGCACGUGCGCGCGUGCGGCGGGCUGGAGAGCUCGGCGGAGGAGCUGUCGCAGUGCUCGUCGCGCUCGGCGGCGGACGCGCCGGGCUGCCUGUUCGGCGGCGAGGGCGCGUGGCGGCGGCGCGGCGACGUGCUGCUGCGCACGUGCCACGUGCUGGAGCUGGCCACCAAGCUGUUCCUCGUCGUGCAGAACGCCGUGGGCGCGCCGCCGCACGUCAACGUCGCCACCGAGUUCGAGGCGAACUUCGGGCAGCAGAUGGUGACGGUGUCGUUCCACGCGGUGGGCGGCGCGGCGGGGGACGGCGGCGCGCGCCUGCUCCGGCGCGGCAGCCGCAUGGACGUGUUGCUGUGA